UAUUCUGAGCGCUCGGCCAUUUGGAGGGUCAGUGUCGACCGCAUUCACCAGCAAAGGAACGUCCGGGCCCGAAGAGCUGGCCGAAAGAAAUCGGGACGAGAAAACCUUUUGUUCGGGAGUGGGAUCAAGCUCGUGCAGCUGCGGGGCCGCGCAGGCCAGAGGGAAGCAGGCAAGAACGAAGGGACGAUUCUUGGAUUGUAGACAGUAUUUUAUGCUUGUGGAAAGCGGUGAGCUGCGGCAGGAGGGACGUGUGCUGUGCACGGGAAGCGAGUCGGUGCACGAGGCGAUCGAACUGCCGGACUGAGGCUCGUUGUGGGGAUUGGGGAGAAUGAACCAGGGCAGUCGCGGCAGCAGGGAGUAGAGAUUGCUAUGUAGAGUGGUGAACAAUGACUAUUGACGGAGAGGAUCGGAAUGGUGCGGACAACGACUUGCCCAAGCUUUCUAGCAUUUCGACCAAGGGCCUGUUUUCCAGCUUGCGAGAGAAGAGUGGUGAUGUGCUCAGUACACCGGAAGGUUCGUCGAAGGGCAAAUCCAGUGGCUUUUUUUCAUCGCCCAAGAAUAAUUGUAAAUCUCCUGUGCCAACCUCGCCUGCCGUGUUGAGCCUGAAUGUCCAUCCUUUAAAAAACAACCUCACGAAGCUUCUCACUCCAUCCCGUACCUUUUCUAGGCUCAGAGAUGAAAGGGAUGAGGUAUCUAGACUGACCCCGACUCCUUGCACUAGCUCCUGUUUCAAAGACAGGAUCAAACUCCCUCUAGUUGGCGAGGUUAGGUUUGACCACGUUGCUGCGGCCUGCAAGACAUGGCUGAAAAAUCCCAAGAAUCUGGCCCUUCUUUUCUGGGGAUUGGCGGUUGGGGUCUCGGGAGCUCUUCUGUUCAUGGUAAUGGUAGGGAUGCUGGAUGCAGCAAUCCCCAGCAGAAGUGAACGAGACACUUUGUUCGAAGUUAGCAACCAAAUUUUGAAUGCCCUUUUCACUUUAAUGUGUGUUUACCUCCAUCCGCAGCGGUGCUUUCACCUGCACAUGUUAAUCAGGUGGAAGCCCGCGGACAUUUUGAAGCUCCGAGAAGUUUAUUGCAAGAACGGGACCAGGAAACCGCACGAGUGGGCUCACAUGUGCGUGGUCGUGUCACUGCUGCAACUCAAUUGCUGGGCGCAGUACGCUCUAUGCGGACUCAAUUGGGGUUACCGCAGGCCCGACCGACCGGCUAUUGGGGUCGGCCUCUGCCUCUGCUUAUCGAUGGGUGGUGCAGCAGGAGCAGGCAUUUACAAUAUUCUGUCGCCCUUGGGCAAGGAUUUCGAGGUGGAGUCCGAUGGCAGUGCGGAAGACGUGGAGAAGGGAAGCCUGGAUAGCCACCACAGGCAGUACCAGGCACGCGCCAAGAUUUACAGGAUGCUGGAGAGGAGAGUAUCGUUUGCGGACAGAGAAGAAGGGUCGAUGGUGGCAAACCCCGAGUGGAGGGGAGGGGUGUUUGAUUGCGCUCAAGAUAAACCCAUAGCGAUGCUCUCCACCGUCUGUUGCCCGUGCGUGUUCGGUUGGAAUAUGGACAGGCUAGGUUUCGGCAAUCGAUAUGUGCACAUUGUGACCUUCGUCCUCCUGUGCACCGCCCCUUUCUGGAUUUUCGAUUUGGCAGCGAUCAACAUCCAGAACAGGGUCGUUCGUCACAGCAUAGGAGCUGCGGGCAUAGUUUUGUGCGCCUUCGGUCUGCUCUAUGGUGGGUUCUGGCGGAUCAGAAUGAGGGAGAGAUUCAAAUUACCCGGCAACUCCUGCUGCUGUGGCCACUACAAUGUUGCAGACUGCGCGCAAUGGAUGUUCUGCCCUCUGUGUUCCCUCUGCCAGGAGGUUCGCACGGCAGAGUACUACGAGGUUCGGGAUGACAAGUUUUACUCUCGUGGGUACAGAGAAGCUGCAUCACCUUUGCCCACUUCCCCUCCGAACGAGGACUCUCUUUCGUUCAACACACCGGCCACCACCAUUCCCGCUGUGAAGGAGAUGCCGCCCACCGGAGCCAAAACGGAUGGAACGGAAAUCGAGCUUAUUUCUUCGACGAAUCCGUUUGCGCAGACCGGAGAGAUCAGCAAUGGCCAUUCGCCAAUAUCCACCAACCCUUUCUUGACUCCGGAAGUUCUCGCAGCCUUCAAUCCUCUGGCGCCACCCACGUCUGUCACUGCCUCCAGGGAAUCCUCACAUUCAGGUCACGGCUCUGCGCAUGCGGGCAAUGGACUUGACGGUUCGAUCACGUCUAGAGGAGAGGCGGUUCACGAGCGUCUGGAUUUUGGAGCGAGGUCGAACGAGUCGUCUGUUCAUCUAGAACGAAAUUCCUCCAACGAAAGCUCAUCGCACAAACACCAGUCUGUCACCUCGAGAACCCCUCCCCUGCAUGCAGAGGAUGCUCCUUCUUUCGAUUCACCGACAGUAACGAACGACAUGUUUCAGCACACAGAAGAGGGCGCAUAUGACUGCCCAGAGAUCACUUCCAAGCUGAAAACAUCGUUCCUGCCUGCAGACGAGGGUUAUCACCAUGAAAGUCCGAGGAUUGUCAGCACCGUGGGUGAUGACGAUCUCAAGCAUCUGUCUCCGAGUAAUCCUUUUUUGGAGCGCAAGGUGAUCCCCAAUGGGAACUCUUCAUUAUCAUCCUCCCAAUUGCCAGCAGAUGAAAUCCACCGAGGUAGCCCAGGGUUUGUCAACGUGGAUGAUAAUGAAUUGAAAAACUUGUCUCCAAAUAAUCCUUUCCUGGAGCCGAAGUUGGUCGUCAACGGCAAGUCGCCUUUGUCCAUGAAGCCUGAGCUGAUAAGCGUCGGCCCCUAUGCACAGACUGACGAGGCUUAUCAAGGCAGUAUAAACGUGGCUGCUGUGCAUAGUAGUGGAAUGAUGCAUAUUUCUCCAAGUAAUCCGUUUCUGGAUCCAAAGAUAAUCCCUCCUGGGAACUCGCCCCUAUCUUCUAGUGGAGAGCGUUUGAUGUCGCCUGCGGCAUCGUCGGCUGAUGAGGAGUACAGCAGCAGCGCGAUGUCCAGCGGGAAGAUUUCAUGAGAUGGAGACACGCUCGUCCUCGUCUCGUUGAGGUAGUUAAAUUUGUUGAAAACAUGUGUGUCCUGAUGACGCAACUGCCGUUUUGUUGGUUUAGAUGCUGAUCGUGAGGGAGGCUUAGCGUCAUGGAGGAACUAUAGAGUCUGAAGUUCGGAUGGGGAUCUGUCGGAUAGAUCAGUUCAUCCAGGUGCACUGAGGCGUAGCAGGGAAGCUGGGAGGCUUCUGGGAGAAUAAUUUUGUUGACAACUUGCUCGGAAGGAGGCCAUUGUAUGUAGCGGUUCAUCUGGUUCUGCGGUCAUCUGGUCUAACAGAACACGUCCGAAUAAGGCGAACAGCUGCGGUUUUGAACAAAGAAUUGAUUGUCACACAUACACCCCGGACUUAGUUUUUGCAUUUCGUCGAGGCCUGGAUCACGAAUCGACCUUUGAGGUCUCAGUAGCCUGUAUAUUAAAACCUAGCGGAUCAUUGUGCCUGUAUAUCAAUUAAAACACCCGAGAGUCUUCCUUUAGAACUUAAUACAUCCAGAAGAAAAGUCGAGCCCGAGGAACUCGACAUGCAAUCAGCUGUAAUUCAUUUGUAUUAUGGAAAAUUAUCACUCCUGUCGCGGAUUUGGCUCC